AAACUCCUUCCUGGCUCUUGAGCUCUCUAGAAUGAUGAAGACACUCCUGAUCUCCUGCCUCCUCUUGACCCUUCUUCCUCCAGUGGCAUCUCUGAUAUGUGAGUCUUGUUGGAGUGCAGGAAAAGAUUGCCUGAACGCCACCACUGAGGAGUGUGACGAAUCCAGUGACCAGUCCUGCAUGUCUGUCCUUGGAGUAGGCAAAAUGUCACUUUUGGGGUCAGCAGCGGUUUUCAAGUCCUGCGUCAAUACAGAGUUGUGCGAUGCAGACCAUUCCAGUGUUUCCGUAACCUCAUCAAUAUACAUCCACAACAAGAUUUCCUGCUGCAAGACAGAUAUGUGCAACAGUGGACCUCCUGAAGUGCCUGAGCGUGAGAAGAGGGAGCCCAAUGGGCUGAAGUGCCCAAGUUGCUUCUCCAUCUUCUCAGACAAGUGCGAGGGCUGGAAGACCGUCAGCUGCAGAAAUGAGGAGGAUCAAUGCUUCUACCUUGGGGGUCGCAUGAAGUUUGGGGAGAGCACCCUGAUGGGCGCUUUCCGAGGCUGUGCAACAGCUAGUCUCUGUGACUACACUGAUGGGUUGAUGGAGAUGGAUCUGGAAUCAUUAGGAAUUGAGGUCACUCAAGCUGAGUGCACCGAUGCAAUGGACGAUGAUGACAAUGAGCUGUAG